UUCUGAUCGCUAGCUUCCGGCGGAAGAUGUAUCCGGUUCUUUCGAGUGCCAUGGCGGCUCGUGUGGUGCUGCAGCAGUGUCUCUCGGCUCGGCUGCUGGUGAAACCGGCAGCAAACGAUGCAGCCGCCGAAUACGUUCAGAUACAAAGAGGGACAUUGAUCUACAUUUGCUUUUUUAAAGGUGCUAGCUUAGAGCUGAUUCCCAGAAUGAUUAAAACACUGUUGAAUGUGAAACUCUGUGAGGAUAAUGAAGGCAACCAUUUGUCCGUGUUGGAUCUACCUGCAAAUGUUCUUAUCAUACCCCAGGCUACUUUGGGUGGUAAAGUGAAGGGACGGGCCAUGCAAUAUCAUGACAAUAUUGGAAAAGAGGAAGGCAAAGAGCUUUAUGCACACUUUGUAGCUCUCUGUGAAAAAGAGUUGGCCUCGAACAGUAAAUGUGCUGACUCUGGAGUUGUAGUCAAGCAUGGAACAUAUGGAAACAGACAAGUAUUGCAAGUGGACACCAAUGGCCCAUAUACACACUUGAUUGAAUUUUAAAUAAACUCAGUACCAACUAAACAUCACUAUUUAAAAUGCUCUUUUUAAUGUUCCAAUUUUAUCUCAACAGCACAUUUUCUUUUCGAGAGUAGCUACACAGUGAUACUUGAUUACCAUUAGAAAUGUGGACUGGUAAACAGGAUGUUAUUAAAGACAGUCUUGGUUGAUGUUUAGACUUGUUAUGUUGAAUUUUGCUUUGGCAAUUUGUGAAAGAUGAUUGAAAUGCUAACUGGAAGAUCCAAUUGCACUCCCACAUGACGAGUUUCCUUUUAUGACGGGUAUGGGAAAGAUGAUAAGUAUAUUAUUUUCUACACAAUUUCACGUAAAUAAAAUAAAGUAUUUGUUUCUUCAUUGUAUCAAAGAGGCUCCUGGAAGCAUAUUUUGCUCUGUUUUUCUGGAAACUCCUAUUUAUGAUUAUCCGCCCUGGCACUUAAUCUGUUUGGAACAACCAUUUUACUGGUUUAAAUAUAAUCCCGUUCUUCUCAGAUCUGUGAAUAUGCAACUUACAUGUAAGCCAAAAUGUUUACUAGAUCGGAAAACUUGAACAUUCAAUUGCAAUUAAAAUUGUAUUAUGAUGUAGAAAAUAAUCAGCAAGUCAAGGUGACAGCGUGUGAUUAACUAAAAAGGAAAAAAAAUCCAUUUAUGGAAGCUGUGUAAAUACGAUACCCUUCAUAGUAUCCCCAACUUUACAGCAUGGUAUCAACUGAAGACUUUUUCAUACUCAUUUAGCUUUAGGUUGAGGCGUCUUUGCCUUAGAUUCAUCUGGGGUAUUUGUUGGAAAUUGAAGUACAUGGUUUGGCAUCUUUUCUGCCCCACAGUUCAAGAAUCCACCAUUCAGGUGAGAUUUUAAACCCCAGCUAAAGUUUUAUGAAUAGAGCAGAUACCAUGUUUCUCCCUGUGACCAUAUGGGUUUCCUCUGGGUGUUCGGGCUUUCUCCCACAUUCUGAAGAUGUGCAGAUUACAGUUAGUAACUUGUGGGAAUGCUACAGUGGCGCUGCAAGAAUGGCGACACUUGCUGCCUGCCCCCAGCUCAUUCUCGAACUGUGUUGGUCAUUUGAUGAAAAGCAAUGCAUUUCUCUGUAUGUUUUGAUGUGCAUGUGACAAGUAAAGCGAACCAUUAAAGAUGUGUCUUGAAAGAAA